GUGUGUGACUGAGAGAGAGAGAGAAAUAAAGCGGAGGAGCAAGCGGCUCCACAGCAACAGACAUACUUAACACCGAAGUUAAAGGAUACCAGGCAUGGCCUGCAUCCCAAAUGGCACCCUAUUCCCUACAUAGGACACGAUGUUGUCCAUGACGUGGUGUACUUCACACUUUGGGAUGCCACAUGGUCUCUGGUGUUCUGCUGACACACCAGCCAGACAACGCUAGCCUACCAACACCCUGAACCUAACACCACCUGUCCCACGCACACACACGCACAUACACUCACUCUCUCUCUCUCUCUCUCUCUCACUCACUCACUCACUCACUCACUCACACACACACUCACUCACUCACACACACACACACACACCUGUCCCCCUCUCGUCGUCUCUGAGACAGCAUGUACUCUCCCCUUUGGCUGGGGGGUGGUGGAGGGGUCGAGGGAACAGGGCCGAGGAGCAGGUGGGGGGUGUAGGACAGCUCGACUGGGCAGAGAUGUACUUGUUGUUCCCAUCCGAGUGACUGAGAGGAGUGGGAAGAGUGUCUGAGUGACUGAGAGGAGUGUCUGAGUAACUGAGAGGAGUGGGAGGAGUGUCUGAGUGACUGAGAGGAGUGGGAGGUGUGUCUGAGUGACUGAGCGGAGUAGGAGGAGUGUCUGAGUGACUGAGAAGAGUAGGAGGAAUGUCUGAGAGGAGUGUCUGAGUAACUGAGAGGAGUGUCUGAGUGACUGAGAGGAGUGUUUGAGUGACUGAGAGGAGUGGGAGGAGUGUCUGAGCGACUGAGCGAUCAGAUCAGAUUGGUCAGAGAGAGACAGAAAGAGAGGCCUUGUUGUUCCAUAAACACCUAGCGCCCACUGUCAUGCCCAUGUCAACAACCCCAACCUGCCGCCGAUCACCCCGAGACCCAUCGCUGCUGUCGACAAGAGAGAGGCAGAUGGAAAUAAUCCAGCUCUGAGCUCAGACGUGGAAGAGGAGCAGAAGGAAGAGUAGGGACUCUGAGAUCUAGAACCAUCAGUAGUUACCAUGGAGAACUUUCUGAAGGAUAAGGAUAUUUGGAUAGUAGGGAGUGUGUGUCUGGUGGCCUCGUUCCUAUGGAGACGGAUCUGGAAUUUAUUCACCUACAAGAGGAAGAGGGACAGGGACACACCCUUUCCAGACAUGCAGCUGAAGGACAAUGGGAUGAGGGAUGGAAAGGACAAGGUCAAACUCAGCCUGAAAGGCCUGAAAGCCCAGAAGAAGAAGAAGCCUCCACAUGCAUCAGACUCUGUAGAGACCCUUCUUCUAGACCAGGUGGAGAAGCUCAACAGGCAGAAUGCUGAACUUUCCCAUGGUAACGGGGUGGUUCUGGACAUGCUCCGCGCCCCCGUCGUCCAACCAGAGGACCUAGAGGAUCUAGAGGGGGAGGAGGAGGAGAAGAGGAGAAGCCCUGAACGGGUGGAGGAAGAGGAGGGGGAUAUAUUUGGUGAAUCUGAGGAAGAGGAGGGUAGGGAGGAACAAGUUGGAGAGGAAGAGGUGGAGAAGAGAAGGGAAGGAGGGGAAGAAGUUGAGUCAUCAUUGUCACCAGAACCUCUAGAAAGCUCUGAAGAGUUAGGUGAAGUGGCCGCCAGCAGUCACAACCGUGUCACAGAGGAGGACCUACUGAAAGAUGACCUGAAAAAGAGCAGAGUGGAGGAGAGGAAAGAGGAGGAUGAAGAGGGAGGAGUACCUGAGGGGGUAGAGCAUCAGGCUGCCCAAUCAAAGGCAGAGAAGAUGAAGGGGGAAGAAGAGGUGGAUGAUGGACAGCCAGAAGAGUACAUCAUUGACUUUACCCCUCCGCCAGCAGCCCCCUUUGACCACCGCAUUGUGACUCCAAAACCUCACCAGAUUGCUACCUUCUACGCCAUUAACAGAGACGAGGUCCUAGGAGGGGGACGUUUUGGACAAGUCCACAAAUGUGUGGAGAACUCUUCUGGACUGACUCUGGCUGCCAAGAUGAUCAAGGCCAGGAGCCAGAAAGAAAAGGAUGUGGUGAAGAAUGAGAUCCAGGUGAUGAACCAGCUGAACCACGCUAACCUUAUUCAGCUCUACGCCGCCUUCGAAUCACGCCACGACAUCAUCCUCGUCAUGGAAUAUGUGGAUGGCGGGGAGCUGUUCGACCGGAUCAUAGAUGAGAACUACAAUCUGACAGAGCUGGACACAGUGCUGUUUAUCAGACAAAUCUGUGAGGGACUACAGUACAUGCACAGGAUGUACAUCCUGCAUCUAGACCUCAAGCCCGAGAAUAUUCUGUGUGUGAGCAGAGCCACAAACAAGAUCAAAAUUAUUGACUUCGGGCUCGCCAGGAGGUAUAAGCCCAGGGAAAAGCUGAGGGUGAACUUCGGAACGCCUGAGUUCCUGGCUCCGGAAGUCAUCAACUAUGAGUUUGUCUCAUUCCCUACAGACAUGUGGAGUCUGGGGGUCAUCACUUACAUGCUGCUGACAGGUCUGUCUCCGUUCCUGGGGGACGAUGACAAUGAGACUCUGAACAACAUCCUGGCCUGUCAGUGGAACUUUGAGGGGGAGGCGUUUACAGACAUCUCUGAGGAGGCCAAGGACUUCAUCACACGCCUGCUGGUCAAGAGCAAGAGUUGGAGGAUGAGUGCCUCACAGUCACUAAAACAUUCCUGGCUGUCGGAUCACAAUCUUCACUAUCGCCUGCAUCAGAAGUCUCCCAUCCAAAACGAGAGUCCCCUCCAAAAUGACUCCCAAGACCCUGUGGGCACCUUAUGAUGACACAGGUCGGUGCCUUUUGAUGACACUGAGGCCAGGGACAGGGCUCAACACUGGACCAACACUGCCGUACCUCUAUGGCUACUGUAUUACUGCUCUCUACUCUGCCUCGCAUCUGUUAGCUUAGCUCUGCAGCUUGUGCAACUGAUUUAAAAACGUACCGUAAACUCACUCCACAGCUAGCUUGAAAUGUCGCUGAUAGAGCUAUCGAGUUAGAUAGCUCAAACGGUUUGUACGUUGUCAAGGAAAGCGGUCACUAUAAAAUGCACUUUAAUGUAUCACUAUCAAAUGCAAACAGAACCACUUUUUUGAACGAUCAUAUUUAUUACAUUUUCAGCUUACUAUAGAUUUCAAAUAACUCAACACAGGCCUAGUUUACCAAGUCUUAUCAUACCAUUGCAUUGUAUUUGUUUGUUGGGUUUUGAUUUCAAAUAAAGCUUUGGGUGCAAUUUAUUUUCCUGGUAUUGUAAAAGUUUAGUUUCUAUAGAGUUAGGAAUUCAAGUUUACACACCUUUCUCCUUGGUUUGCCCCAUCAAACUUUUAAUAGAUCACAUUCAUUAAAAGAAAUCAAUCAUUAUCAAUCCAGGUCAACAUAAACUUGUCGAUAUUAGACAUAAUUCCUCACUAUUAACCCCUGCUGCUCUGCCCGUUGCUACGGACUUUCAUUUCUCCUGGAGCCACUGCUGUGAAUAUACUGUAAAACAGCCUCUUCUGUGCCUGCAUGCUGUUGGCAUGACCUCAACCUUUUACCUUUCUCUGCUUUCGCCCUUUGGAUUAACCCUCUCACCUUCCAUGAAGGCAUAUUACUGAUCAACAAAACACUACCUAUAUGAUUUCAUAAUUCAUGAUUAUCGCUGAAGUUAGUAGCCUAAGUGCCAGUCUGUUUGAGUUGUCAUGACAACUCCUUGUCACUCCUUGUCAUGACAUAUAUUUGCACUACCCUUCCGACUGGGCACACAAUGAAAUGAUGUUGACCCAACGUGGAAUAGACGUUGAAUUUACGUCUGUGCCCAGUGGGUUGUGAUUGGAGGGUAGCUGUGAGGGUUAUUGAAUUAGGGUCAAAUCCAGAAGAUUUGAUCCUGAUAUCUGGGAGGCCAGAAUGUUUGGCUUGACAAUGAGCAAUGGAGUUCGCAUGAGCUACAACAGAUCUGAGACCAGUCUAUGGAGUUACAGUGGGGCAAAUAAGUAUUUAGUCAGCCACCAAUUGUGCAAG